UCUAUUUACCCUGUCUCUCUUUCUCUCUCUCCGCAACAAUGUGGAACCGAAGCAAAACACGUCUUUGGACCACCCUCUUACCACGUGUUACACCACUCUACCUAACAUUCUUUCUGUACCACCUGACCAGCACCGUCGCCGGUAGCUCGCCGUCUGCUUACACCGCAGUUGAUAAUAUUCUCCUCAACUGUGGCUCCUCCGGUAAUUCAACUACUUUAGACGGUCGGACCUGGAUUGGGGAUCUGAAUUCAAAGUUCUCUCCCUUUGAACAGUACUCACAAAACAAGGAAUCUUUGACCGCCAUCGCAGUUCAACAAUCCCCCUCUGCCGUCCAAGUACCCUAUGUCACUGCCCGGAUCUCUCUCUCCGCGUUCACCUACAUGUUCCCGGUCACCGCCGGCCAAAAAUUCAUUCGAUUAUACUUCUACCCGGCUUCAUACCCCAACUUUGAUCGUUCUAAAGCCCUCUUCUCUGUCAAAGCUGGCCGUUUUACUCUUCUCAAUAACUUCAACGCUUCACUCACAGCAGAUGCCGAUGAUGAUCCUGGGGAUACCAUAUUCAGAGAAUACUGUGUCAACAUCGAGGAGGAUCAGAGGUUGAACAUAACCUUCACCCCGAGCGGUUCUAAUUCAUAUGCUUUCGUCAGCGGAAUUGAAAUCCUGUCGAUGCCUUCCAAUCUCUAUUACCCUCCGUCUGACAAUGAAGGGCUUUUUUUUAUCGGCCAGCGGAACCUGUACCACAUCGAUAACGACACUGCUCUCGAGAUGGUAUACAGAGUAAAUGUUGGAGGCCGCUCCAUCUCACCGGCCGAAGACACUGGCAUGUUCCGGGGCUGGAAUCAGGACGACAAGUACUUGACACAAUAUGAAGAUCUUGUUCUACCUUUUAACGAUACUAUUGAACUCAAGUUUACCCAGGUACCUGCAUACACGGCACCAGAAGAAGUCUAUCAAACUGCCCGGACUAUGGGGACGAACAAAACGAUCAACAAGAGCUACAAUCUCACCUGGGAAUUUCCCGUAGAUUCUGGCUUUUAUUACCUCAUUAGGCUGCACUUCUGCGAGUUUCAACCAGAGAUCAUCCAGCAACACGACAGAGAGUUCCUUAUUUUCAUAGCAAAUCAAACCGCGGAGGAAGCAGCUGACGUGAUAAAAUGGAGCGGUGGAAAUGGUGUUCCGGUAUAUAGAGAAUACGUCGUUGCGAUGUUUGGCAAAGAAGGCGUGAAGAAAAUGAGGGUCUGUAUCGCAUUACAAGCAAACCCGCAAGAUUGGAAGACUUCUUACAGUGAUGCAAUCUUGAACGGUGUCGAAAUCUUUAAAGUAAGCGCCUUUAAUGGCAAUCUCGCCGGACCCAAUCCAGACCCACUUCCAUUGACCCCUCGAACAGUCAUGCCACCAACUCCGCCGAUGAAGUCGAAGAAUAACAUAAUAACAAUAGUUGUCGUCGUUGGUGGAGCUUCCAGCUUUGUUGUGCUGUCGAUCAUCGGGUUCUUGAUUUUACGGCGGCGCCAGAGUGCUAGCGAUGGUACAACAUGGUGGGGUCCAAGUUCUUUCUCUAUGACCAAGUCAAUGAAGACCCACACGUCAUCUCUACCGUCCUCUCUUUGUGUUGUCACGUCUCAUUACCUUAGAUUAGAGAAGUUACCGACAACUUUGAUGAAUGAAUCCUAAAGUUUUUUUU